GGCGCGGGAGUCAAGUCCCCAGAAAACUAUAUAGCCCGGCAUGCAACGGGGUCAACUUUCUCUCGAACACUACGUUUCCCAGAGGGCAGCCGGCGCCGCAAUGUUUCCUGGGAUGGGACCACGCCGCUUCCCAGCGACAGUGCAGGGAGCGAAGCGCGGACCUUUCAACCAGAGCUUUAUCAAUUCUCACGCUAGGACCGUGGAAGGCGAUGGAGGUGGCAGCAAACUGCUCCCUGCGGGUGAAGAGACCUCUGCUGGAUCCCCGUUUCGAGGGUUACAAGCUCUCUCUCGAGCCGCUGCCUUGUUACCAGCUGGAACUUGACACAGCUGUGGCAGAAGUAAAACUUCGAGAUGAUCAGUAUACACUGGAACACAUGCAUGCUUUUGGAAUGUAUAAUUACCUGCACUGCGAUUCAUGGUAUCAAGACAGUGUCUACUACAUUGAUAACCUUGGAAGAAUUAUGAACUUAACAGUGAUGCUGGACAGUGCCUUAGGAAAACCACGAGAGGUGUUCCGACUUCCCACAGACCUGACAGCCUGUGACAACCGCCUCUGUGCAUCUGUCCAUUUCUCAUCUUCUACCUGGGUGACCUUGUCAGAUGGAACUGGAAGAUUGUAUGUCAUUGGAACAGGUGAACGUGGAAAUAGUACUUCUGAAAAAUGGGAGAUUAUGUUUAAUGAAGAGCUUGGGAGUCCUUUUAUCAUAAUUCAUAGUAUUUCAUUGUUGAAAGCUGAAGAACAUUCAAUAGCUACCUUACUUCUUCGAAUAGAGAAAGAGGAAUUGGAUAUGAAAGGAAGUGGUUUUUAUGUUUCCUUGGAGUGGGUCACUAUCAGUAAGAAAAAUAAAGAUCAAAAAUAUGAAAUUAUUAAGCGGGAUAUUCUCCAUGGGAAGUCAGUACCACAUUAUGCUGCUAUUGAGCCUGAUGGAAGUGGUUUAAUGAUUGUCUCCUAUAAGGCUUUCAAAUUUGUUCAGGUUGGUCAAACUCUUGAAGAAAAUAUGGAUGAAGACAUAUCAGAGAAAAUCAAAGUAGAGCCUCUGUAUUACUGGCAGCAGACUGAAGAUGACUUGACAGUAACAAUACAGCUUCCAGAAAACAGUACUAAGGAGGACAUUCAAGUGCAGUUUUUGCCUGAUCACAUCAACAUUGUGGUGAGGGAUCACCAAAUUUUAGAAGGAACGCUCUAUUCACCUAUUGAUCACGAAAGCAGUACAUGGAUAAUUAAAGAGAAUGAUAGCUUGGAGAUUUCCUUGAUGAAGAAGAAUGAAGGACUCACAUGGCCAGAGCUAGUAGUUGGUGAUAAACAAGGGGAACUGAUAAGAGACUCAGCCCAGUGUGCUGCAAUAGCUGAACGUUUGAUGCAUUUGACCUCUGAAGAACUGAAUCCAAAUCCAGAUAAAGAAAAACCUCCUUGUAAUGCCCAAGAGUUAGAAGAAUGUGACAUUUUCUUUGAAGAGAGCUCCAGUUUAUGCAGAUUUGAUGCCAGUACAUUAAAAACUACUCAUGUGGUGAAUCUUGGAAGCAACCAGUAUCUUUUCUCUGUCAUACUGGAUCCUAAAGAAAUGCCCUGCUUCUGUUUGCGCCAUGAUGUCGACGCCCUACUCUGGCAGCCACACUCCAGCAAACAAGAGGAUAUGUGGGAGCACAUUGCGACUUUCAAUGCUUUAGGCUAUGUCCAAGCAUCAAAGAGAGACAAAAAAUUUUUUGCCUGUGCUCCAAAUUACUCCUAUGCUGCCCUUUGUGAGUGCCUUCGUCGAGUAUUUAUCUAUCGUCAACCUGUUCCUAUGUCGACUGUACUUUACAACAGAAAGGAAGGCAGGCAAGUAGGGCAGGUUGCUAAGCAGCAGGUAGCAAGCCUAGAAACCAAUGAUCCUAUUUUAGGCUUUCAGGCAACUAAUGAGAGAUUAUUUGUUCUCACUACCAAAAACCUCUUUCUAAUAAAAGUAAAUACAGAGAAUUAAUUAUUACGACAAAUUGGCUUCUCCUUGGUGGAAAAGUAUUCCGUGGUAGCUGGAGGUCUGGUUAGUUAUAUUGUAAUCUAUUAAUGUGUUAAGUAAAAAAUACCUUAUAUCAAUAAAGUAUAAAUAUUUUUUAAAGAAUAUUGGAAAUGUAUUCAAAAGAUUAUGAUUCUGUGAAAACUAAGGAAUGAAGCUACCGAUUUAAAGAACAUUGAUUUCUGUAAAAAUGUAAAGAUAAUACUAGUAAGUACAAUUAUUUUUUAAGGCUAGAAUCUCAUCUUUUGUAUGGAAGAUGCACAAUUCAGUGUUUAAAAAUAAAAAAUAUUUAUCAUGUGGUCUUUGUUCAUUAAUUAGUUACUAUUGUCUAUACUUACAGAGUGUAUGGGAUAAUCAUUAAAAUGUUGAGUAUUAUAAAUACUUAUUUAAACAGACUGAAUAACAGAAUAUACAAGGACAGAAAUGCAAGAGGACAGCAGAUCUAAUAUUUUUAAAGUUUAUUGACAGGUCUUAAUUGUUUUUUCAAAUAAUAUUGCUUUAUUUAAUUUUUAUCUGUUUGCUCUGCCAAAGAUAGAAAAAUCAGAUUAUCCAUUAUCCAUGUUUCAUAACAAACCAUCCCAAAACUUAGUGGUUUAAACAGAAUGUUAAUUAUUUCUCGUGACUUAGUGAGUUGGCUGGCUCAGCUUCCAGUAGGCUAGACUUGGCUUCUUCCCAUGGUGGAGCAAACAUUCUAAGAAGGUAAACCCAAUAUGCAAGAGGUUGUCAAUCCUGCAUAUCCGUAAAGUCGCUAAUGUUCCACUGGACAAAGGUCACGUGACCAAGUCCAGAGUCAGUGUGAGCGGGGAUUGCACCCACAAUACAGAUGGCAGGAACGAUGAUGCAUUGAGGGCCAUUAAUAUAACAGUCUAUGCACAAGGACAAAUUGUAAUUUUUUUCUUGUAGUCCUUUUUAUUUUUCUAACUAAUUAAACAUAAUAAUCCUAUUUAUAUAUUGUAUAUUUUUUGCCAUGAAUUUUAGUUUUUCAUACUUAAUAAUAUUUCUCCAGGUUUCUUUUUGUUUGUAUUUACUGCGAAAUUUUUAUUCCUUUUUAUACCAGUUCAGCAUGUGUGUUUCUAUAAACCUCAAGUUGGAUUUUAUAUUUUAAUAAGGAAGUUAAUACCUUUAAGAGAUAAAAGAUGAAGGUAUAUCUUUCUAUAUAAGAUAGAAAAUAUUUGUUUUUAAUAUACUACAUAUCGUUUGCCUGUAUUAGUAAAUAUUUGGCUGAAUUUUUUAAAAAUGAAGGAAAAUACAGGUUUGAGAUAACAGAGGAGGAAAUGGGGAUUAGAUACAUCCUUAAACCCUAUGUCAGAAUGCAGUUUCCUAGAAAGAAAUAUUAGGGUGCCAGGCACAACAAAAAGAAAGGUCCUGAGAAGUGGAGGUGAUAAUUGGAGUUCUAAUAGUAUUCUAUUACUAAUAGGAAAGAGGCAAGAUACCAGGCAUCAUGAGAUCAUGAACACAGGAAAGAAGAAAAAUGUGUGGUUGAACCAAAAACCAGAAUAGUGAUAAUUCCAGAGCUGUUUAGUGUCAUUGUAAAACUUCAUGAAAUAAGACUAUUUAGAUAGUGAAUUAUUAAAACUAUCAUGUGAAAGUAGAUCUACCCUGUUUCCCCGAAAAUAAGACAGUGUCUUAUUUUAAGGUGUGCUCCCAAAGAUGCGCUAGGUCUUAUUUUCAGGGGACGCCUUACCUUUCCUGUAAGUAGGUCUUAUUUUCGGAGAAUGUCUUAUUUUCGGGGAAACAGGGUAAAUUAUCUCUAACAUUUUCCCCAAAGAUAAUACAUAUUCCCUAAGGCAGGGGUUCUCAAUCUUCCUAAUGCCGCAGCCCUUUAAUACAGUUAUUGUGGGUCACAACCCACAGGUUGAGAACCACUGCUCUAAGGGAACGUAAGACAAAUGUAUAUUGAUCUAGUGCUUACUUAGCCAUAUGACAAUGUAUACUAUGUAUAUGCAAAGUUUAAUAAUCACCAUUCUUUGUGCAUGUGAUUUUUUUUUUACAUGGUUAAUGUUGAAUUGAAAACUGUCCUAAUAAUUAAUCCUAAGUAUUGUUGCAUGUUAACUAUUGUUAAUAGUAAAAGGUCUAGAGCAGUGAUUUCAAUCACAGUGAUUUCAUUUUAAACAUGUGCAUAAAUUAUGACAUUGAGAAUUUUUUUGUUAAUUUGUAAAAUUUUAAUUUUAAUUCUUAAAAUUUUUUGUUAAUUCUUAAAAUUUAUGUGCAUAAAUUAUGACAUUAAGAAUCUUUUGUUAAUUCUUUGUGUUUUCUUGAAGUGCUUCAGGGAUUCCAUAAACAUUUAACUAGCUUAAACAAUGUUCACAACUUUAAAAAAUAAUAAACAUCUAUUUAAAUGAGGUAUGUA